AUGACGGUUUUGAGUAUUAAAGCUGAUUUAAGCAAAGAUGCAGAUUGUGAGCAUGUUGUUUCUGCUACUGUAUCACAUUUUGGUCACCUCGACAUCUUGGUAAAUAGUGCUGGAAGCCUUAUUGUAGGUGGAAUUGAGACUAUUAGUAUGGAGGACUAUGAUCGUCAGAUGAACAUUAAUACCCGAUCAGUGUUCCUUAUGAUGAAGUUGGCCUUGCCUCAUAUACUGGAAACCAAAGGAAAUAUUGUUAAUAUAUCUUCAGUAACAGGAUUAAGAGCUUUUUCAGGUGUUGUAGCAUAUAACAUGAGUAAAGCUGCAGUUGAUCACUUAACCCGGACUGUGGCAUUGGAGGUAGCAAGUCGUGGUGUACGAGUUAAUGCUGUAAAUCCUGGAGUUAUAGUUACUGAAGUUCACAAGAAUGCGGGUAUGAAUGAUGAAGAUUAUGAAAAGGUAAUUUUGUUAGAUGUUUUUUUUAAAAAAGUAUUUAGAAUUUUAGGUAAAAUAGUGCUUUAGAGCAUUUGUGCAGUG